GUGAAGGCUCCGGAGGACUUGUGUGGAGGCAACGACGAAGAGAUUGUCCUGGAUAUCCUGACAACGGACAAGAGGAGGCAACGCGAAGUCGCGAUACGGACAGCGGCCCGUCUCGCCUUCUUCAGGUCGCAAGUGGACACGAAGCUGCGGAGGAGCUUGAUCCAGAGAGCUCGCGUGAAGAGAUCCGAGUACGCCCCCGGGGAGAUGGUGUGCUUCUUCCGGCACGACAAGGCCAGUACAAAGAGAGGAAGAUGGCGUGGUCCUGGUCUGGUGCUGGGACGCGAAGGACCCAACUGGUGGGUCAGCUACGCUGGAAGGUGCCAUCUAUGCGCCGAGGAGCACAUGCGCCCCAGCACUGCCGAGGAGGUCGGGGAUGCGUUCACCUCUAGAGUGGCUCGUGCCGAUCUUGAGAAGCUGCUCUUCAGUGACCCCCAUGAUCCCAACAGUUAUGCUGGCAAUGAGGAGGAAGACUAUGAGGAACCCGGCGAUGAUGAAAAUCUUUAUCGUGGAUGGGACAUCGUCGUCGACGAGGACGAGCAUAUGGAGUCGGUUGAGCACCAGCAGCAGACGACGGAAGUUCCAGACGAGGAGCUCGACCAGGUCCUGGCUACUCCACCCGAGCUCCAGGAGAAGCAGUCGAGAUCUACAGUCUACAUGCUCAAGCAGUGCUUCACGGAGCACUCGAAAGAGAAGCAACUGGAAAAAGAAAUGCCGUGGAGAUUGAUCCCGCCCGAAAAACACAGCCUCUUCAAGGCCGCAGAGGUCAAGCAGAUCAACGAGCAUCUCGACCACAAGGCGCUCACGAUCUUGACCAAGGCCGAGACCGACGAGGUUUACAGGACCGUGGCUCCGGAAAGAAUCCUCAACAGCCGGUGGGCUUAUCGCGACAAAAACUAUGCAAAAAGGAAGGGCGACGAGAAGAUCGAAUGGAAGGCAAAGGCCCGGCUAGUUAUAGCCGGACAUCAAGAUCCAGACGUCACCAGCCUCACCACAAAUGCGCCGACGGUGAAUCGACUGUCAGUCAUGGUUCUACUCCAGAUCGCCUCCAGUCGACGAGCUGGGCCUGAUCCAUGGGAAGCCGCCGCAGGCGACGUUUGCGCGGCCUUCCUCAAUGGGAAACCGCUGCAGAGGACGUUGUUCAUGAAGCAACCCCGCACUGGAGUCGUUGGAAUGGAAGAAGGAGCCAUCUUCUGGGUCGAGAAAGGGAUAUUCGGGCUCCCAGAUUCGCCUCACUCUUGGUGGGUCGAGUUUCAGGAGAUCAUCGGACGAGUGGAGUUCACCUACGAGGGCAAUACCUACAAGUUGGGACAGUCGCCUGUUGAUCCCUGCGUCUUCUUUGUCCAAGGUCCCGAGGACAAGGAGCCGCGAGCCUACCUGGCGGUGCAUGUCGACGACCUGCUGACGAUUGGCCCGAAAG